UAGACACAUACAGUAGUUUGCAUGUUAUAGUGUAAAUUUUGGUGCUUUCUGGUCCUUUCGGGGGGGGCAGGACAAACUAGGCACGUGUGCAGCACACCUGGACUCAGGAAGCGUUGUGACGUCAGCGAGAGAGGCGUUUGAAGGAAUGGUUCAGGAAUUCAACACAAAAAUCCUGUUCGACUUGAUUGGCGAUCAAGUCGCAUAUAUUCGUGUCGCCAGUGGCACGCAGCUACAGAAGACUUAAAGUCGUUGAACCGUCGACCACAUCAAACACAUAUACCUGGCUGGCCUGAGCAGGUUGUGCUCUUUUUAAAGGGACGAAAGAAGACAAGUUGGUGGUGGUUUUUACCCGACUGAUUCGCAUUUUAAGAAAAAUGUCUCACCAUUCGAUUAAAUUACCUGACGAGGCGGCCUUCUCUGACUUCAAAAUGCAGUGUUUAUCAAUGGAGAAUUGGUCGAACAAGUAUGACAAUAAUGGGAUGCAAGUGUGGGUCGAAGUUCCUCCAGCAAAUAAAGGACAUAAUAUUCCACCCAAAGUCCACAAGAUCAAGUGCAAAAUGAUGAUCAAGGAUGUCUCAGCUGCUACCAUGUAUGAUGUCCUUCAUGACAGCCAGUACCGUAAGAAAUGGGAUCCCACCAUGCUGGAGAGUUUUGACAUUGCUCGGCUCUCUGCUAAUGCUGAUGUGGGCUACUACUCAUGGCUUUGUCCAAAGCCGAUAAAGAACAGAGACGUGGUGACACUGCGUUCGUGGCAGGUGACGGAUGACGAGUACAUUAUCGUUAACUUCUCCGUCAAACACCCGAAACACCCUCCUCGCAGCGACCUUGUAAGAGCCAUUUCCAUCCUCACCGGCUAUUACAUUAAGCCCACAGGACCAAAUAGCUGCACUUUCAUAUACCUUUCACAAGCCGACCCCAAAGGUUCUCUUCCAAAGUGGGUGGUAAACAAAGCAUCUCAAGUUCUUGCUCCCCGGGUUUUGAAGAGUGUACACAAGGCGGGACAGAACUAUCCAGAGUGGAAACAGCAGAACUCUCCCGACCAGAAGCCUUGGCUGUUCCCAGAGCAGAGCACGCUGCCAAUGAUGGACCCCGCCGAACUGUUGAUACAGAGAGCGGGCUCGCUAGAAAACGUGGAUGAGAGCUCCAAAAUGGAUGCGGAGGACGGCAGUUGAAUCACAUCAAAGUGAUGGGAGGAUGCUGGCCAAGAGGGAAAGACUGGGGGGAUAGACUGUAUACUUGAGACCUCCAACUCUCUGCAAUGUCAUCCUGAUACUCUCGAACGGUUAUCCAGUUCAAAUCAGUGUGCCUUUUGGGAUGAGCAAGAGCAUGAAGUGUUUACAACUGUCUUACCAGAUGGAAAUGAGCACAGAACACAUUGCCAUUCACCUCAGACCAUGUUGAACUAAGCUAAA